ACCAAGAUGUUACAGGUACCGCUGCCCCUGGAUCGGGAUGGGAUCCUCUUCCGGCUCCGUUUUACCACGCUGGCCGUUGGGACUGUGCUCUGCCCGCUCUUCGGUUUCCUUUUCUGUGUGAUCUGGUCUCUGCUGUUCCAUUUCCAGCAGACGACGGCGACCCACUGCGGGGGAAGGGGCUCUCAUCGCUCCCACCCGCGCUACCCGUGCCUGUGCCACUUCAACCUGCUGCUCAACCUCCUCGAGAACUUCGCCCUCCUCGUCCUGACGUACGUGUCCUCAUCAGAAAACUAUGCAAUCCACGAAAAUGCCUUCAUCGUCUUCAUCGCGUCGGCGCUGGGCCACAUGCUGCUGACGUGCGUGCUCUGGAGGCUGACUGGGAAGCACACAGUAAGUCCCGAG